AUGAUUUCGACAUCAUUCAACUGUGAGUUAACUUUACCAGUCAAUGGUAAUCAUCCAAUAAAUGAGCGAGAAAUCUGGACAAAGCCUAUGACAGAAGACAAUCGCUUCGCGGUGAUUUUUGAACGAUCCCUUAAUCGGGACGGUAUAAUUGGUCGUUUACCCGAUUAUGGUGGCUAUGGCAUGGGUGGCUAUCAGCCAAUGUAUGGCGGUUACGGUGGUGGUAUGGGCUAUGGUUUACCGGGCACGGGCUUUGCCAGUCCUUAUGGAUAUGGAUUUUAUUGA